AUGCCAGGGGAUAAACAUGAUCAACAUAUGUCACAUAUUUUUAUAUGUGAUUUCGAAGAUGGAUAUUUGAAAGAUUCUUUUAACUUUGAAAUGGCGAUGAGGCUACUGCCGUUUGAAGCGCAAGAUAAGGUACUUCGGAAACGGUCAGAUAAACUGCAACGGAUGGCUUUGACAAACCGAUUGCUACAGCUGUACGGAUGCAGCAUAGUAACAGGUGAAAACUUUAACCACUUGAUAUUCGGUAAUGGACCGUUCGGUAAGCCAAUGCUACUGGGCCAUAACGGCAUCGAAUUUAGUAUGUCAAAUGGAGAGCAGUCAUGUGUCAUGGCGGUUCAAGAAACCGAAGUGGGAAUAGAUAUUGCCAGCACAAUUGAUUGCAACCAUUGGGAUGCUGAAUAUCUUGAUACUUUUCAAGAUAUAUUUACAGACCAAGAGUUUAAAACUCUAAAGGAAAGCUCAUCGCAUCGCGAUGAGCUUUUCACUCUAUACUGGUCUAUGAAAGAGUCGUACAUGAAACUUAUUGGCACAGGACUGAACACUAAUAUAAAAGCGAUCGAUAUCGGUGAAAUCCCAGAACCGUUACAGGAACUUGAGGUGCGAUCUGUAGAGAAAAAGAUCAACGGGAGACACAUAAUGUUCAUUUCCAGAUGGAUCAAUAAACAUGAAAUUGUUACUACUUCGACUUUCCUUCUGCCACAGACACCUUUUGAUUCUUACAAUGCGGAAAGUGUGGAUACAAAACAGUUGAUUGAAUACUUGUCAUUACGGCAAGAUGAUCACCCACACCAAUAA